UCCUGACAAUCAGCUAAAAGUUAUUCACUUUUUAACUUUUUGUUUAACUUUUUAACUAGUUACUACCCGAGCCUGAUAAAGAGGUAUUAGAAAUAUCAGAUAACAGUGGUGAUUGUCAGCCUGAAAACGAAUGUGUAGAUUUUGAAAAGAAUUCUCUACCAGCAUGCCCUUUUUGCUCAAAAGGAAACGAGCCUGGAGGCGCUCAUACGUGCACGAUAUGUAUGUGGAAAGCCUGUCCAUGCAUUGGAUUUCUGUUCAUUGCCUGUUGAUGGUGAAAAUGAGGGCUAUGGUCAGAAGCGUUUGUGCUUGCAAUGCCAUACUCAAGAAAAUGUGAAUGACGUUAUCGCCUCACAAGAUUUUGAAGAUUGGGGUGGUCAAAUUUCAGCUGCACAAAAAUCAAAUAAGCCGAAAGGUACAUAUCUGCAAAAUAGUUAUGCACAGAAUGCACUUCUGUUGCAUUCAAAAUUUAUAGACGUACUCAUUAUAAAAAAUGGCGGAGAUGUGCAGCUGAAAGGCGUAAAAAAUAAGCAGGUGGUGAUAACGUUGCAAAACACGUGCAGUUUUGAUAGCUUUUUCCAACUGUUCUUGUGCGCAUCAUUUGAUUAUAAAAAAUUCGCUGAUGAACUUGCCAGUCAUCAAUGCAAUAAUUUCUUUAAAAUGGUGAUGUACGUGAACAAGAAAGGCAUCAACAAAUCAACAUAUAAGCAAAGGUGCGAUAUUCUAUGUGAAAUAUUGGAAAAGACUGAACCAAAAUUAGGCUGUUUGUCACUGUUGUGCAAUACAACAAUUGGGCAUAUUAGUCGCCAAAUUUUAAAGAAUUACAACCCCACGUUUAUAGAGCGAAAUAUAUGUGAUCAAAUUUGCACCAAUAAGCAACGCACAUUCGCGGUACUAUCUAUACGAUUGGCAUCAUUACUGCACAAAUCUUUUAAUGAGGAAAUCGUAGAAGAUAUUUGCUUACAUUCUCAAAGAAAAUGUGAAACCGCAGGAUGUGCUGGAUUCGUGACAAAAGAACUAAGCUUACAAGGCGAGUAUAUAUUAUUUGAAAUAUACAGCGAUGAAUUGGAGAAUAGUGAAAUAUUGCUCAAAAGAUUACCAACGACGUUAUUGUUGUCAAUAACAAAUUAUGAAUACAAGCUCCAUGGCAUAGUGGCAAUGAAAUUGCCAGCAAUUACCACCCGCAGAAGUAAUGACGAAAUUAUAGGGCAUUACACUGCCAUAUGUUACAAGCAAGGAACCUGGGUAGAAUAUGAUGACACGGCCAAAUCAACUAAAAAAUUAAAUAACCAAAAAAAAAUUCUCUCCACAUUUAAUAAUGUAUGUUAAAAAUGGGAUAAAGGAUAUUUAAAAAUUUAUCAUUGCUUAUUAUAAAACCCUAUAUAUUAAAUCCCUGAAAAUAUUAAUAAAGAAUUAAACUGGCGUUCAGAACUUAUCUAGAUCAAGACAUGAGAUUUUCGACUCAGGAUUGAAACACUUAAUUUGUAAGAUAAUAUAUAAAUACCUUAAUUCGGCAGUGAUAGACUUCUAAAACAUCUUAUUACUUGAGAUUUUACAGGCGAAAACAUUUUUAUAUUAAUUUUGAAAGCUAGUAUGAAGAACCUACUGUGGUGGUUGAUUUUCACCUAA